AUGGAGGAGGCAGGAUUGACUAAAGCCAACUUGAUUCAAAUGCCUUCUUUCUCCAUCAAGAAUGUGUACCACAAGAUGUUGGGAACUCAUACUAAAGUGGCUUGGAGGAAACUAAUGUGUAACAACCCUGGAUCUCCCAAAUGGCUAUUCAUUCUGUUCCUAGUUAUACACAAGAGACUCUAUACCAAGGACAGACUGAUUCGUUGGGGGAUGCAACUUUGCCCUAAGUGCCCAUUGUGUGAAAAUGAACCUGAAUGUAUUGACCACUUAUUUUUUCAAUGCUCAGUGACUACAGCAGUCUGGAGUAAGAUACUCCAAUGGCAGGGCAUUAGGAGGACUACUAGAUCAUGGUCCGAAGAACUACAUUGGUGUGAAACGAGGAACACAGGCAAAGGGAGUGAUGCUACUAUAUAUAGGAUGUCUCUAGCUGCAACUAUUUAUGAGCUAUGGCUGGAGAGAAACCAUAGAGCAUUUCAAAGCAAAAGAAGAAGUGAGGUAGCAAUUGUGAAGAAGAUUAUUCAAGAAGUAUUUGUACGAGCGCAGCAGAUGCUGAAAGGCAUACCUUACUAUGGCAUCCAGUUUAGGAUUCUCAAGGAGAAUUCUUUAAAUAUUCUGAAGCAAUUGUAA